AUGCCUUCCCCGACCUUUCUAUAUCAUAGUCGGACGGCACCUCCCGUUCGACCAUCACGCUCACUCGAAGGACUCGAGCGAGUAAUCCCACCACUUUCACCCAACCCUCCCUUCUCUACUCGCUCCGAUCUCUUUCUCAACAAACCUCUCCCCGCAAAACCCCUUCCCGAACAACCAGAGUGUUCGGCUAUGUGGAGUGACUCCAGCGAUAGCGACAGCGACACCGAAAGUACCCUCGAUAGCAUCACCGGACCCAGUGAACCCCGCAACUCAGCAGAUAGCUAUCCCAUCUUCGUCAGUUCUGGCUCCGACUUCGACGACAUGGGCGAUCACCCGGCUCCAUCCGCCGAUCAGCUUCUGAGACUGUCCCCGCAACCUCCACAUAAACGCACGGACUCGAUCAGUAUCAAUGUCCCAUCAAUUGUCGAGCCCUCAACAUCAGUUUCGUCUUCCUUUUCCGACACACAGUACGUGCGUCCGCCGCACUGGAGCCAAAACCGCACAGGAACGAACCACUACUUCCGCGAGAAAAAGUGGGAUUAUUUCCCCGAAUUGGCUCCUUCCGCCCUACAGGCCAGUGGCCGCAUCAGCCCAAAUACGGUUGCACCGAACAAUAAAACCCGCAAAUUAUGCAACCCACUGGAUUUCGCCAAGGGCAAGUACCGCUGGCACUCGCUCGACCGCGUUGGUUUCAGCGGGGUCCGCCACUCGAUCAAGACUUAUGUCCACCGAACUCUCUCGCGCGACUCGACGGGAAAUAAAAAGGAAAUUCCCCGUCCGGCGACGGCGCCUAUGGACUACUAUCUCAAUGAUGUGGGAGAUAUACUCGGCAAAACAGUCCCGGUACAGCAAUUCUCCUUGGCCUUGGACACGAAGGUCGCGCGAGCUACAUCCGUGGCUACAUCCUUGGCUACAUCCUCGAGCAGCGAGUAUGACUGUACCAACCACAAGUUCCAUCUUCAAACGCCAAUCUCACCAACAUCGCCUACUUCUCUCAAAACACCCACAACACCGCGGCCGAAACAACUAGCGGUUCCGCUAACCGCGUAUCAGAAACACGGCCCUGUGAGUUGGGAAUCGCCCAAGAGUUGGGAACCGCCCAAGAGUUGGGAGUCGCCCAUGAGUUGGGAAUCGCCCAAGAAAUCCAAGAAGCGGAGUGUUCUGUCCCCGAGAUACAAGUGUUCGCCCGGCUCGGAUGCAGAGCUGUCUUCGUCUUCGGCUCCCGACUUAUCUUAUGGAACUGCCACCUCUUCUUUAUCUCCGCGGAAGCAGUCCCAGCACAAUACCAGAGGGGUAUUCCUGGGUGCGAGGAAAAAGAUCGUGGAGUCGAAGGAUGAUCGCAGAAGGGAGCAGCUGAAGGCUCAGAUCAAGUUUGUCGGGCCUGUCAACCCAGAUACUUAUGUGCAGGCUGAUCCAAAGGUUUGA